AUGACCUUAAAAGCCAUCUAUAUUCUCAAACAGAAGCUUUACGUUGACGAAGCACCUCGCCUCUUGUCUCUCUCUGCUGCCACUACUCAGUGGACAACGUGGGAAGUACUCAAACCCUUGGUCGGCGGUCCUCGCCAGGAGCACGCCGCCGUGGCUCUCGGCGAUAGUAUCUACGUUGUCGCCGGCAUCGAACCCGACGCAAGCCAGCCGACCGGUGUCUCCACAAUCGACUCUGUGGAGGUGUACAACGUUCCCAAAGACGAGUGGAUUAUUGUUGCCGGCGGCAUCAGUCUGCUCGAGCUCGGAGAAGAUGGGCUCCAAGAGACUGUCGAUACUGUCUCGUCUUCCAAUUUUAUCACAAAGGAAUGGGAGCCAUUACCUAGUCUACCUGAAGGCCGCGAGCACGCCGGGGGUGGCGUCAUCGGAAACAACUUUUACGUCGUCGGCGGCCGAUUCCGUAGCCAGACGACAGUCCGCGACACAGUUUACGUCCUCGAUCUCAAGACGCUCAAGUGGAGCGAGCGAGCGCGAAUGCCUACCCCUCGAGGCGGUGUCUCAGUGGCUAUUGUCGGGCAACGAAUCUACACCUUUGGGGGCGAAGGAAAUCUGGAUCCGGAGGCUGGUUUCGUGUUUAACGAAACGGAGGUGUACGACGCGCGCACCAACUCCUGGGAGAAGCUUCAGCCGAUGAACACCCCUCGUCACGGCAUGGCGGCUGUUCCGUACAAUGGAAGUGUCUACACGCCCGGUGGUGGCAUUCGCGACUUUGGCAUCGUUGAUGACAUGGAGGUUCUCCACCCCAACACACUUAGCUGGUAG